AUGGGACCUUUCAAACCUUCCUCAAACGGGCACAACUACAUUUUGGUUGCUGUGGACUAUGUGUCCAAAUGGAUUGAAGCCAUCCCCUGCCCAGCCUGUGAUGCUAAGGUUGUUAUCAAACUGUUCAGAACCAUCAUCUUUCCAAGAUAUGGCAUCCCAAGGGUUGUUAUUUCGGAUGGAGGUUCCCAUUUCAUCAACAAGGUGUUUGAGAAGUUGAUGAAGAGUUAUGGAGUCAAGCACAAGGUCGCUACACCUAUCACCCUCAAACCAGUGGGCAAGUUGAGGUCUCCAACAGACAGAUUAAAGGCCAUAUUGGAGAAGACUGUGAGCUUCACUAGGAAAGGAUUGGAUUGCCACUUGCCUGUGGAGGUCGAAUACAAGGCUUUAUGGGCAGUAAAGAUGCUGAACUUUGACAUAAAGGCAGCACAAGAAAGGAGGGUUGUUUCCCGGGAAGUUGAGGUCAAAGUGGGCGGGACCAUUCAAGAUCACGAAGUUCUACCCUACGGGUCCCUCACUCUGCUCAACAAGAGGGGAAAGGAAUUCACAGUGAAUGGGCAUAGAUGCAAGCCAUAUCUAGGAAUGACCCCCACAGAGGAGAUCAUCACUCCUCUAAGAUCCAACCCCGGCCUAAAAGUCUUGCAGGAACAGGUUUUAGGAAGGAAAGGCAACUCGAGGCACAACUCGAUCGAGCCAAGAGCAAGCUCGAUCGAGCGAGCCCGGAGUGGAGCGUCCCUGAUGGCCGUCUGCCCUCUCCAGACCACGACCUUGCCUCCCAGUUCUUUGGGGGGCACUGAGGCUAAGUUUGGGGGUGCCAACUCGAGCUCGAUCGAGUUGGGUGUAAAAACCAGAAAAGUGGUAAAAGUUGGGAAAAUCCAAAGGAAAAAGAGUUUAGUUAAGUCCAGGGAGUUGGCAGUGUCUUUUGGAGCAUUCUGGAGCAUAUGGGACGUGAGGAGCAUGGAGGACUUGGCAUGGACGCAGCUCAACUGGAUACGCAAAGGAAGAAGGAGAAGCCAUCUUGAAGACCAGCUCGACCACCUACUCGACCAACCGGUCGAGUUCCUCAACUCGACCGGCCAAGCUUCAACUCGAUCGAGCUGA